CGGGCCGGGAGUAAUCGCGUUACCGUGACGUCUGGCGGCCUCCCCUCCUGGACGGCGGCGUCCCUCGGCCCCAGCGUUAAUCUGCGCCGACAUGCCUCCUGCAGGAGCUGGGGCGGUAUUUAACCCCGCCCCUGGCGGCGGUCGGCCGCACUGCACCGCCAGCCACCGCCGCGGCAACAGGUGCGCCACCAUGGACCACGCUACUGCCGCCCUGGUGUGCAUGACUGUGGUCGUGACCGUGUGCAGUCACGUGGUCGCCACACACGGAGCCGUGGUGAACGCCAGCUCGCCGGCGGAGGAGGGCUGGGAGCGCCUGAGCCGCAGCGACAGGGCGGCGAGCUGGGCCUCCGAAGAGGCGCCGCCCUUCUGGGCGAACCGCGGGCGGCGGCAGCGGCUGCCGUGGGGCGCGCUGGGGCGCCGGGACGACGGGCAGGCGUCGGCCGAGGACCUGCCGCCCUUCUGGGCGAACCGCGGCCGGCGGGAGGGCGAGGAGUACGGCGAGCAGGGCCGGCCCGGGGAGGACCGCGACAAGCGCGGGCUGCGCGAGGCGCUGUCCAAGGAGGAGCCCUUCUGGGCCGCGAGGGGCCGGCGGGGGCUCCGGGACGCGCUGUCCUCCGAGGACACCUUCUGGGCGGCGCGGGGUCGCCGCGGCUUCAGCGAGGGCGCGCCGUGCAGCCCGUCGCAGCAGUCGUGGCGCAAGAGGCAGACGGGGCGCCACUCCGCAGACAUCCGGACGCUGGGCAAGGGCCAGUCGGAGGAUCCCUUCUGGCCAGUCAGGGGCAAGAGGGCGGGGUCCCAGGACGACUACAACAACGAGGAGGAUGACAGCUUCUGGGCGGCUCUGGAACGGCACGCGGGUCGCCAGUGAAAUAUAUAUAUAAAACUAUUGUGAAUUACGUGCAUUGUAAGUUCAAAUAAAAUAAAAAUAUAUAAUACACU